UAUCCGCACAGGCUAACAGACCUAGUGCUGCUACCGGAUGAGACCUCUCAAUCAACGCAAAGUCUCCAGCCUGGAUCCUCGUUGAGGAAAUGGGGGAAUCCCGUCCAAUGUCUAGACGCCGAGGAGAGACUGAUACGCCCAAAGUACUAGCCGCUGGAUAGUGUCAAUUGUGGAGGCCGCUUCGCCCUCGACGACUGCGAGAUGAUCGUCUGCCCAAGAUGUGGUGAAUUUAUACACCCAAGCACAAACUCUGUGACCGACAGGUGUUAUGCACUCGAAACAGAGUGGAGACGACACCAGAGUGCAAGAAGCUCGAGCCAAAUCCCACCGGCCAAGAAUCCACCCCCCAACCAAGCCUUACAGAGUAUGUUUACCCGCCCAGUCGAUGGAGUUCUCCCGCCUGUAGCUCGAGAACCCGCAUCCCCGUCGACAGUCAAUUCCUUCCCAUGGAGCCACCCAAACAAUGAGUUGUUUCCCGGUCUUCCUCUCGCCCGCCGUGCGUUAAUUGGGGCCUGGAUUCCAAUCCCCCUCUCUGCUUCGAUCGGCGAAGACCGACAGGAUCACGACGAGGGACACGAAUCUUUUACGGAGUGCGAUUGCGGAUCCAGAUUCCUGAGAGUAUUCGCUUCGUAUCAGGGUGGAAUUAUCCAGGUCGGUCUGCCCAGGUGGUCUUGCCGAGUCUUGACGUCCUGGCUUUGUUUCUCUUCAGUCGGCACACGAGUGGGAUGGUGUCUGUUUAUCUCCAUUUUUUUACGGUCUUUUUUUCUUCUUUCUUCUGCUCCUCCAUUUUCCGUUUUGGCGAUAGUCGACUUCUCGUAUGUCGAUUCUUUUUCUUUGUCCCUACUCCUUGGUUUUAUUUGUUUUUGCUUUUUCUCUUUUUUGUUCCUAUUAUUCGACCUUGUUCGGUCUCUCUUUUCAACUUCCCCAAAUGGCCUCCCCCAGCGGCCGAACCCGCCCGGGGUCAUGGUUGUGGUUGCGGUUGUUGAAGUCGAUACCAGCGCCAAUCUGGACCGCGAACAAAAAUACCAAAUGCCACCAGGACCCAUCCACGAAGCUAUGGAACGAAUCCCUCCCCGGGUGCGGACUAAAAAGUACUAUUCCCACCCGACCCCCGAAGGAGAGCUACCCCUGGACUUGGCUCUGGGCCUUCCUUCCUUCCCUUUGGCCCUCUCCGGCCGGAAACAUCAAGCGGAUUUAGACUCAGCCGGGCCGGGGGGUUUUCAUCUUUCGCUUACGGAGUACUGAUUGGCUUUUCAGGACUGGCCUUGUUGCUAUGUUGGCUGUCGGAAUGAGAUCAGAUGACACGAGAUGAGAUGUCGGAGUAAGCACCCUGGAUUUCAGCCUCGGGGCUGAUUGUGCGUCAAUCGACAAGGUAUGAUUCUAACCGACCCCGUAAUCAUUCAGAGCAGGAUAGAAGACCUGCGCAGUAGCGUAGGUAGUAGGGUCUAGUUUCUCCGUAACAGCUCCGGAGUAGGGCCGUACCUAAGGUAUGGAGGAGGGUACUUUCCGAACGGAAAUCCGAUUCGCGUCAGGCAA